CAGAACUCGGGCCUGCUCCGCCACGCCAACUUUCACACGGGUGAGAAACCCUACAAGUGUCCCCAGUGCGGGAAGCGCUUCAGCGACAGCUCCAACCUCAUUGCCCACCAGCGGCUCCACACGGGCGAGAAGCCCUACAAAUGUGCUGACUGCAACAAGUGCUUCAGUGAGAGCUCCAAGCUGGUCAUCCACCGGCGUGUCCACACAGGUGAGAAGCCGUACUUGUGCCCUGACUGUGGGAAGAGUUUCAGCCAGCGCUCGCACCUUGUCCAGCACCGUCGCACCCACACUGGGGAGAAGCCCUACAAGUGUGCCGAGUGUGGGACCUGCUUCAGUGACAACUCUACCCUCAUCCGUCAUCGUCGCACCCACACUGGGGAGAAACCUUUCAAGUGCUCCCACUGUGGGAAGAGCUUCAGUCGCAACUCCUACUUAGUAUCACACCAGCGGGUGCACGUGUGGUAG